GGAAGAUACCCCCGCCCACACAAAGACACCCACCAAUGUCGACACUUCAGGAUGAAAACAAUCAGCUGAGGAAGGAAAUUUUGUCACGUCAUUUGCUCCCUUAUUUAACGCCUCAGAAACAUGUGGAGCUUUGAAGGAGACUACCGUCGUAAGCCACAACAGAGGCUCGGGGGAGCCAGUCGGGCCAGGAACAUAGAGCGGUCGGACCUUCUGAGCCAGUUGAAGUCCGACAGAGAGGAACGUGAGAGACAACGGAGGAGAGAAGCAGCAACACUCACAAUCCAGUCAUGGACACGGGGGAUGCUGAGCCGAAGGAAGACCAAGCAGGAGUUGCGACAGCAGUGUGAUAGUGUGCUAGCCCAAGCCAAGUCUCAGGGAAUUACUGAACCUGCAGCCAGAAAAUUGAUAGCUUUACUGAUUAGAAUAUAUAAUGCAAAGGAAGACAGUGAGAGAUUGCUCCAGACCUGCCAGCUGGUGGUGGUGGAGCAUCAGCGACUGUCGGGCUGGGUCUGCGCUUCCUUCCAUCAGUGGAUGUACCUUCUGCCCAGACUUGCGAACAUGGCGUUGGUCUCUGUCACGAGCUCACAUGACGGACAGUCUGCCAUGCCACAUGCAUCUCCAUUGAGACUCCUGCAGAUACUUAUGUCUCCUGACAGUUGGAAGACAAAGCUAUCAGAAAGCAACCAGCAGAUCUUCCUACUAUCACUGUAUUCGUAUUUAAUUAGUAAAGAUUAUUAUCACCAAGUGGUCCACUUGAUGGUGACGCGUGUCCCUGAUAUUUAUGAGCCCUCGCCCAUAGCCCCCACAGCACUUGCAGAUGCACUCUUGCAGCUGCUUUUGUCUCCAGUGUCCUUUGCUUUAUCACUAGAUGAAUCAACGUUAUUGUCUUCUGUGAUAGACGAACUCUGCCAGGAAAUCUUUGGCAAAGCCUCCCACACCCAGAUUUCCAACUAUGUCAUUCCCUGCCUGGCCUCAAGAGAGAACUUCAAGCUGCCCGUGGACAAGAUUGUAGCCGUCUUGGGCAGUCGAUCGUCCAAGUUCCUGAAGGCUUGUCCAGCUCCGCCUUUGCUCUAUUCCCUACUCAUGCUUGUUCGGUCAAAUGCUGACUUCUCCGAUUCACACGCACUGUGCGAUUACCUUCAAGCCAUAAGUGAUUUAUUAGGGGGAACAACAACCUAUCUCCUCAGCGAAGUGAAUGACGUUGACUCUGACUCAGAUGACGAUGACACGAUGGAUUCAACAGAAGCCAUAGAUCCAGUAUUACGCAAGCUUGCAGAGGAGUGUGUGGCCAUAGUCAACAGUACAGAGCAUGUUGGAUGGCUGUUGAGUCAUGUGGAACGGCAGGUCUCUCCGGAGGUGUUGCUCCAUUUCUCAAGGUUAACCCAUCAUCUUCUGACGGCACCAUCGCUGCAGCUUCACCAGUGCAGGUUGUUGUAUAGUGUGGUCGCCCGGCGUCAACUUUUGAGGUCCAUGUGGGUGGUUCUCUCUGGCCUUCAGCAGGGAGCACCCCUGCCUGGAAAUGCAAACACUACCACAUGGACAUUUGGUGUUCGAGGAGCUCCCUUGUUGCAAGUGUUGGCACGAGGUACCCCCUUGGCUGCACAUGAACGUGACACUCUCAUUCCACUGCUUUCCACAUUCUGUGCCACUCUGACUGCUGUUCUGUCCACUCUCCAUGAUUCUGAGUUUCUUGGCGACCAAGACGAGACAGGUGAGCAGCGAUUUCCCAAAACGACAGAUAACCACUUCCCCUUCACUGUGGAGGAGCUUAUUAAGAUGUCAGCAAGCCUCAGGGACGUGUGCGUUGGGCUGGUGGAACUUGCCCAUCCAGACGUGAGAAUGUCUGCCAUGACAGACACGUCUUACAAAACCAUGUGGGCGCAUUGCUUUAAGGUGUGCGUGGGAGUGGUCCGUCAAAUACACUUAAGAGAUACCAGACGUAUGUUCUGUCCAAAAGGACAUUGGCUGAGUACACGCGUGUCACUGCCUCUUGGGAACUGCCAGACAGUGUCCUUUGUACCACGCACAAGUCGAAGGCAAAGAAGAUUGUUCAUGCCCCAGAGAUGGCUCACUAGAGAUGAAUUAGAGACCGAAGGCCCACCGCUCUCCAUAACCGAGCAGCGCAGAGCAACCAUCCUCCAGGAACUCCCGUUUGUGAUCCCUUUUGAGUCUCGAACGCAGGUCUUCAGCAACCUGGUAGCUGAUAACAGGAGCAGGAGCCAAAUGAGGGCAGAAUUCAAUGAAGGACCUAUGAUUAAUGUGACCAUUAGAAGAACACAUAUCUAUGAAGAUGCCUUUGAAAAGUUAUCACCAAGCAAUGAACCAGAUUUGCACCUACGAAUGAGAGUCCGACUCAUGAAUGCUGUUGGUUUGGACGAGGUGGGCAUUGACGGUGGUGGCAUUUUUCGAGAAUUUUUGUCCGAGCUCCUGAAGACGGCCUUUGACCCGACUCGAGGAUUUUUCCUUUUAACACGAGAAAAUACUCUCUACCCCAAUCCAGGAUCACAUCUCAUAGCUGAAGAUUAUCAGACUCAUUAUUACUUCAUUGGUAGGAUGUUAGGAAAGGCUCUUUACGAAAAUCUCUUAGUUGAAGUUCCACUAGCAGGGUUCUUUGUCUCUAAAAUUUUGGGGAGAUCCUCAUCAUCAGUAGAAUUCCAUCACCUGGACUCCCUCGACCCAGAACUCUGUCGAAACCUCUUGUACCUGAAGACUUAUGAAGGGGAUGUCCAGGACCUCGGGCUGGAUUUCACGGUUCUCAACUCUGAUCUAGGACAAAAUACUAUUGAAGAGUUAAUUCCAAAUGGAUCAAAUGUGGCAGUGACUAAUGAAAACAGAAUUGAAUACAUAUACCGGAUGGCAGACUACAAACUGAACAAACAAAUAGCAAAACAAAUACAAGCAUUCAAGAAAGGUUUGGCUGAUGUCGUACCCCUGGAGUGGCUACAGAUGUUUGAUUGGAGGGAACUUCAGAUGUUAAUAUCAGGUGCAUCAGUUCCCAUCGACCUAGAGGACUUAAUGGACAAUACUAGAUAUGGAGGUGUAUAUAAUACUGAGCAUCCAACAAUAGUAGCAUUCUGGCAAGUUUUGCGAGAAUUCAACGAAGCACAGAAGCGGCAGUUGCUCAAGUUUGUUACAAGCUGUUCACGUCCUCCACUUCUAGGGUUUAAGGAAUUGCAGCCUGCCUUCUGCAUUCAGCCAUCAGGUUCAGAAGACCGCCUUCCAACUGCAUCCACAUGUAUGAAUCUUCUGAAACUGCCAGAAUACAGGGACCAGCAGACUUUACGAGAGAAGCUACUCUACGCCAUAACGUCUGGAGCAGGAUUCGAAUUGUCCUAGUUAAUACUAUUUAAAAUUAUUCAGUGAGAUGUAUGUGAUGCGUGUUUGUCCUGCGCAUAUGUAUAUUUUUGGACUUAACACCUGCUACUGCUGCUGCUGGUAAAUGGCAUAUAUUAUCAUAUACAAAUAUUUCCAUUUGACUGCAAGACAUAUUUAUUUCAUACAACUAUUUUUAAAAUUGCGACUUAUGUUACCCUAUUUCUUUCCUGUGAGUCCUUGUACUCAAAACAUAUAUUGAUGUGGUAUUUAUUUCAAGAUGUAUUCAUUAUACUAUUGUAAUUAUUGAAAAAGCAGGCCCUUGAUUUUUAUCAUUCAAAUUGAUUUGGUAUUUCAACAUAUUAAAAACUAAACAGUAUGUAUUACUGGAUGAUGUCUUUGGAAAAUUUGAAAGUGGCCUGACUCCAUUGACAGCCAUUCUGUGCCUCCUUUGAUUAUUAUGACAUAUCGCAUCAUAGUUUGUAAAGGACUGGAGUAUAUCAAUGCUUUAUAUUUUCAAAUAAGUUAUUUUGAGGAAUAAACUGAACUAAAGUUCAUAUUUACUACAGAAGAAAAAUAGUUUAUGUCCAGUAUUUAAAUUGUGUUUUAUUGAUAUUAUUAUUAUUUAAAAAAAAAUUAUUAAUUUUUUUAUUGUUUUUAUUUAUUUUUUGUGUUUCUCAUUUUUGGACAUGCUAGUCUAGUUGCACAACCAUCCAGUAUAUUUUUUAUGCUUUCUGCAAGCCUUAUAUAUAUAUAAAUAUAUAUAUAUAUCUAUUACUUUACCAUUUUAAAGAAUAUAUUGUUUAUUUAAUGUACAGGGACAGAUCUUGCUGCUUGAAUAAAUGCAGAGAAGUGGUUUUUUAUACCUUUUCUUUAACUUUGAAGAUAAAAUGUUGGUGACAGCAAGGUUUUCUCUUAUUAAAACAUAUUUUUUAAAGUUAUUAACAUAACUUUCCUCUCAAGAGAUAUUGGUUUAGAUAUACCAAUCAGCUACUGGCAGGAACAACAGUGGCUAGAAAAGGAAAAUCCAGAAAUUAAUGAGAAAAUAAGGAGUAGGGAAUACAUUAUAGCAAUUCAAAGUAUAAUAUUAAUGGUGAAGAACAUGCCUGAGGCCAUUAAAAUAAAUUUCUAUCUGUGAUGAGUGUUGAUUCGAAAGGCCAUCUAUCUUUUGAAAAAAAAAAAAGUACAGAAAACAUGAAAUUUGUUCUGUUCGUUUAUCUGAAUAUCUAGUCAUGAACUUAAGUAUAUACAUUUAUUUUAUCAUUGUCCACUGAAGCAGUUCUUAACCCAAUGGUGCCGGGGAAAAUGAACAAAAAAUGGGGAAAUAUUGUGCCCACUUUCUAUGUUUUUCGUGAAAUGUCUGCCGAUAGAUGGCUCUGCUAGCGCCUGAUUUAAAUGGCGGGAAAAAUGUAUUUUUCACUAGUGCUGUGAAAAUCGAUGGUGUUAUUUUUAUCAUAAACAUUAUAAUUUUUAUAAUUUUUUUUUUAACAUUAGUAACAGCAAAAUAAGAUCACGUAAAAUAUUUUGUAAAUCAAAGAAACGGGUAAACGGGCGAGACGGGCGGUGCUCGUAACUGGCUCAUUGGGGAGUUAGUACAAGUGUUGCCAUCUAUGCGUAAAAACGAUCAAACAAGUACUCACUGUGGGCAUAGCACGUACGUACACGUCAUACCCGGCCCCAAGGGGUUAAAACUAUUCACAAUAUUUUGUUAGGCAGCUUCAGUCUCCUCCAGUCACAAGUUAUUGGACAAAAUUUGGAACCCGCCAUUUCUACUUUAAAUCCAGAACUCGAGGGCUAAAAAUAUAGAUCUGAAAUAUAGUUGGUGUUCACCUUGUAGAACAUAAUUUGUAUGUAUGAGGAUACCCCCAGAGUAAUGUUUAAAUAAUGUACCCUCUAUUUGUUAAAUAAAUUGUUGGAGGCAUUCCACUCAUUUGAAUCAUUCAUUCUCUCAGGUCCAUUUGCCCCCCCCCCCCCCUCCUCCUCCUCCUCCUCACAAAGAAAACACUGUUCAUAGGAAAUAAGUUUUAUUAAGGCAGUAGAAUAAUUGUAAAAUAUAAAAUAUGACAAUUAAUUAUUUACAUUGCAAGGGUAAAACAUUGCUUAAUGCAACAAAACCUGUGGUCAUAUAAUAGGCUCUCCAGUCAUAUCAUAGAAAGCAACUAAAAUUUUUUUUAAAAUGAACAUAAAAACAAAAAAUCACAAGACACAUGGGAGCACUUUGAUACUAUCACAACUCACAAUGACCACAAUCAGAUUGCUAGCUAAUCAUGGCACGCACACGGUCUCUCGCAAUGCAGGCAGAUGAGGAUAACGAAAGGUAUUGAUUUGAAUUAAGCUUCAAUAGUGUGAUGCAGCAAAAUGAUUACACUUGUGUGUCAAUCAACAGGAGUUAAGUAAUAUACAUAUAAAAUGUAUAGUUCAGACUAUAUUUUUCUUUCGUCCCUUGCCUGUUCUGCACCUCACAAUCACAACAUUUGAGCCAUACUUAAGAAGAUUUAAGUUACUACAACAAUUUCUCUGACAUUAUGCUGGAUUUGAAAAUGAAAAUAAAUCAAUUAAUGACUAACAAGAGACUUGUAAGACUGGUAUUAGACUGUACAAUGUUUAUUUUAUGCCUAAACAUCAAACAAUAAUUGUCAAAAUGGGUGAAAAAACUUCACUACAGUUCUUGUGUUCUGUUUGAUGUAAACGUUUUUAAAAGCCAAUAACAGAUUUAAGAAAAUUACACUUGAGUGUGUAGUGUACAGUAAAGUAAUUCAUAAAGAUACCUGCUAGAAUACUGUACCUUCAUCAAAUUAUCAUUACCAUAUAUAUAGAGAAUUAUGAAGUGAGGAUGAAUGUAUAUAAAUCUGCUGCUACUCGAUGCAGGUGAAGGUGUGAAAAAACAUACACAGUAACAUCAAGGAUCAAACAAUGGUACAGUAGCUGCACGCUAUGAGGGUCUCCGAGGGGCAUGAGGUGCGGUGGACUCUGCAAGGAAUACUAAGGGUGGUUUUUGAGGAAGGUACCGAAGCUUAGAAUUUUUCUUCUCGUUCAACUAUUAUCUACAGUCUAUACAAAUGUCAGUUUUAAUUAUUUUUUAUUUCUUUUUUUUUUUUUUUUUAAUUACCUAUAUAUAUUUUUUUAUAGUUUUUAUUUUUAUUUUUUUGAUUUUCAAAAGUGUAUUGUCUCCUGUGAGCACUGUGAAACAAACAUUUGCCACUGGCCUUUUUGUACUGCCUUAUUUAAAGCCUGAAAACUCUCCACUCCUUGUUAUCUAAUGGUUUUCUUCUCUAGAAAUUCAACUUCAUAAAGGGGCUCCAUCUAAAUAUUAAAUUUUUGAACGGAAGCCAAAAUCUAUAAAACUAUGAUAAUCAAUCAAAAAAGAGCCUUAAAAUUCUCUGCUAACUUAAUUUGCAAUAAAUGCAAGAUCACAAAAACUUUACUAACUUAAGAAAGAUCAUGGAAAAAAUAUAUAUAUGCUAAUCCAUUCACACCUUAUCAUGUAAUGAAAAACAACACAAGAGUAUGAAAGAAAACAGGUUUCUAUUCAUCAAUAUCCUCCAAAACAUUUCUCUCUCAGAUGACCACCUCGAAAAUCCACUGUUGUUGUCCCUCACACGGUAUGUUCUCCGAAGCCCAGGAGAAGACGGAAGGAAAGUUUCCACAGCUAAUGCAAAUAUAUAGUUUUUAAUUUUUUUUCUUGCCCCCCAAACAAACAAAAACUGCCUGUCAAAAUCAAAUUACCAAAUAAAGUCACACCACAAGCAAAAUUCAUCACAGAUACACCACAUCAUCAUUAUCAUCAUCCACUUAUCAGGAACCCUCAAAAUCAGCGCAGAAAAUCACAAUCAUAACACGUCAAGACAUAAAAAGACAU